UGACGUGUGUGGAUGUAUAUGUGUGUGUGUGUGUUGCUCCCUAUGCUGCCUCACUACUGUGUACCUGAUUAAUUCGCCGGGGAUUUCUCUCAAGGUGAGUUGGUGGCUGAAUAUCUCUCUCUCUCUCUCUCUCUCUCUCUCUCUCUCUCUCCCGCUCUUUCUUCUCUCCCCUUUUAAUGAGCCAGGGGGUUAGUGAAUGAAACCCACAACGAUCUCUUGCUUUCAGAUGAAUCGGCUGAGGUGAUGGAAUCUUUCACACUGAGCUAACAUCGAUAUUUUCGAAUCUAGGUCGCUUACGUUCUUUAUUCUAUUGUUUUGUUUUACUGUCGCUCCUUACCAGCUCCCGUCUCUCUCUCUCUCUCUCUCUCUCUCUCUCUCUCCCGCCUUGCCUCGUUUGGGAUUGAACUACAUACUGGACCCCAUCAUGAUACCCUGCCGUGAUCCAUAACAGCAUAUUAUAUUCUGAAUCCUUUCCGAUCAAACAUGGCGUUCCCGUCAGGCAACUCGGAACCCAAUGAGUCUACGAACCCUCCUCCCACGGCCCCUGUUCUGGGUAUCCCUCGUCCUCCCUCCGUCGGGGGCAUUUCGUCGCGAGUGACCGAUAUGACCUCCGAGGAUGGCGAGCAGUCGCAAUCAUACACUGUCUCAUCGCAAAUCCCCCAGUCUCGACCUUCCGUAUCUCGACGAGUACCUCCGCCUGCAAGAAGCUCCAUCGCCUCCACCAGUCAAACCACAACCCGUCCAGGAAGUUCGGGGAGCAGACUCAGCCGGACACACAUCCCUUCGUUAGCUGCGCAGGGCUUUUUCCGGCCCAUGUCCUCGCAGCGUCUGCAAGCUCAUCGAGGACGUCCGAUGACAAAGGGCACAACCGUCUCAUCGGAGGAUUGGGGGGGGGACCAGGCUAGUCAAAACAGGAGGAGUCUAAUCUCGAACAGUACCUUCCCGAACUCCGUUCACCAAGUCGACCAAGAAGCGCCUCCGUCGCGAGGAACCGAGUUCACGGAUCCAAUCAUUCCUGACCGAAAUACCUCGAAUGCCAGCCCUAUCGGCAAUACUACAGGGAGGAGCCUAGGUGAAAGCGCCAAGCUCCUGCACGACAGGGAGCGAAUGUACAAACCCACGCCACCGCACCUCAAUCUCGGAGUAAACUUCAAGGCCACGAAUGACCCCGAGACUCCUGAGAGAUCACCUCUUUCUUUCCUCAGCCUACAGAAUAAGAAUGCGCCAGCGGAAAAUCGUGAUAACAGGACACAUGAGCGGUUAUCAUCUGCGGGAUCGUCUCCUGCGUCGAUUGAAAAACAGAGCCAUCCGAUACCCAAAGGAAAGAAGGGCAAGAAUUAUGAAUACUUUGUUGGAAACACUAUUUUUUGGGGUGGAGGCAGAUUUCAGAAUUCUAGGGACAAGCCGGUCAAUAUUGCAACUGGACUUUUUGUAGUGGUGCCCAGUGGUCUCUUUUUUGGAUUUUCGGCUCCCUGGCUUUGGCAUCAUAUCUCACCAGCUAUUCCCAUUUUAUUUGCCUAUCUAUUCUAUCUAUGUUUCUCAUCGUUUAUACACGCAUCGGUAGUUGACCCGGGGGUCAUCCCUCGUAAUCUUCACCAGAUGCCGCCAUCCGAUCCCUCUGAUGAUCCAUUGGCCGUCGGCCCACCAACCAACGAUUGGGUGAUGGUCAAACUCGCCACCUCCGAGGUUGCAGCUAUGGAUGUCCCUGUCAAAUACUGUAAGACCUGCAGUGUCUGGCGUCCACCACGAUGCUAUCAUUGCCGCGUGUGCGAUAACUGUGUCGAGACGCUCGAUCAUCACUGUGUGUGGCUCAACAACUGCGUUGGCCGCCGCAACUACCGAUAUUUUUUCACCUUCGUCAGCACCUCCACGCUGCUUGCCCUUUUCUUACUCGGUGCCAGUCUUGCCCAUAUUCUGGUGUAUCGCUCGCAUGAGGGCAUCAGUUUCGGCGCUGCCAUUGACAAGUGGCGGGUCCCCUUUGCCAUGGUCAUCUACGGGGCCGUGGCAGCUCCCUAUCCCGCUUCAUUAUGGGCAUAUCAUAUCUUCCUCGUCGGCCGCGGCGAGACUACACGCGAGUAUCUGAACUCUCAUAAGUUCGCCAAGGUCGAUCGCCACCGUCCCUUCACACAGGGAAACGUCUUCCGGAAUUGGAUGUCGGUGUUUGGACGGCCUCGUCCACCGACCUACAUGCAAUUCAAAGAGUAUUAUCAAGAAGGAGACCAACGGUUAAGUACGAUAAAGCGGAAGUACCUCCCCCGGGAUGUCGAGGCUCAAGCGAACAUCGAGAUGGAACAUGUGCCUCCUCCUCCUCCCAGCCAGGGCUGAGUUUUGUCUAUUCAUCUUCUUUAUCUACAUUCAUUUUAUCAAUGUAUUUUUUCUUCUCCUUCUCAAUCAUCUAAAUCUGAACCUCUCUCUCUCUCUCUCUCUCUUUCUUUUCUUUUUUUUUUUUUUUUU